CACUCAUGAUCUCUCCCAGCAAAUUUUCCCUUUAAAAUCCCUCCCACCACCAUCUCUCCCUUCCCUCUUCCCCUCCCUUCUCUUCCACUAGUAUUCUUCAGGGAGGGAAGCUAAGAACUCUCUCUGGAAAUAAGAGGGAAGUUGAGAGGGGAGAGAGCAAGAGGAGAGAUGGGACUGUGAAGAACAGAACAACACAUAAACCCAUCUCUCUCUCUGUCUCUCUGAAUCAGAGGAUGAUGAGGACUCUUGAGCCGGCAACCGGGCAGAAGGCCUCGCCUUCCUUCGCUAGCCUCCUGUCCGUCUUCCUCGGCGCCUCCGGCGCCGAGCAGCCGAGGCCCAAACGGAGCUUCGAUGUCGCCGGUGGUGUCGUCGGGCUCGGCAUCGUCGCCGCCAUGGGCCGUGCCUGCCUCGCUGCCCAGCCGAUCGCCAUCGGCGCUGCGGCACGGCGCCGUGCGCGGGAGGAGGCCGAGCUCUCAGAGAGCUACACGUGCGUCAUCACGCACGUGCCCGGCGGUCGCAGCGUGCGGAAGCGCGUGUACUUCGGCAACGGCUGGCUCGUGGAAGCCGGCGAGGCGCCGGCCAGGAGCAGGGCGGCUGACUUCUUGAGCCGCUGCUACCUGUGUACCAAGAGGCUCGAUGGGCUUGAUAUCUACAUGUAUGGGGGGGAGAAAGCCUUCUGCAGCUCCGAGUGCCGAUGCCACCAGAUGCUAAUGGAUGACCGUGCAGAUAACUGUGGAUCAGAAGCCCUCAGGGCCAACAACUACUCGGCCUCGCAGUGCUCUGCACCAAUGUCCUUCUCCCCUAGCAUCGCAGCAGCCUAGCUGCUUGAAUUGCCUAAUGUCGUCAAGCUGCUCCUCAAUUCUGUAGUAGCAGAGAGCAUAGAGAUCGAAAAGAUCAUUCAAGUGAACGGAAAUAGAGUAAUUACUAAAAAUCUUCUGAAUUAUGGCUUGAAUAAAACAGAGAAAGAAAGUUUUGGGGUCAUUCCUCUGCGAGAUGUUCAGCACUUUUUGAGUGUGAUUAGCACUUAGCAGAGAAAUGUCAUAAUAUGUCCUAUUCUGAAGUUUCAGCAAGAGAAGCAGUUAAUUUCAUGAAUGUUAAAUGGUUAUA